AUGAAGCAACUCGUUCACCCCAAGAUUCUCACUUCGAGCCCCUCCACUCAUUCCGCGACAGUCACUUCCGCUUUCGACGACUUUCCUCGCGACAACCUUGGUCCCCCUCUCACUGCAGCAGACAACAAAAAAAUUGAAGACGACUGGACAGGCAUGAUCAACUGGCUUACUUACGGUGUCAAAGACAAGGUCGUCGACUGGCUCUACGAUCUCGUUGCUGCGCACAAAGAGCCGAACAGGUCUGGUCAGCCGCCUACAGUUUUCACUGCUGCCAUCUGCUCCCCUGCCCGCAAGCCUUUCACCGCGACACAGCGCAAUUCAAAAGCGGCCAUCCCCCAGGCAAAGAUGACGCUUCGAGUCGACAACACUUUCAAAAUACCAUGCUUCGGAUCGACACCGGAGCUCAGCAUGUGCUCGACCGCAGACACGAGCUUCAACUCUCUCGGCAGCAACCUCUCGAUGCCGCACUUCGACCCCUUCCCUCAUACAGACGAUCUUCUACGAAGCCCGACUGUCAACGCUCAGGCGGGCAGAAAAGUCAAAGCGUUGCCCGAGCGCGCUCAGCUACCGACUCUUCCCGAAUCACUCUACACGAACGAUCCAGGGACUUCUUCGGCCACUGGCACGCGCUUCCUCAUGCCUGACGAGGCUGGACCUCGUUCAGUGCACCCGCAGGUCAUCAACGCUCAGGCCACUUUCUGCGUCCCGACUCAGCCCAAGCAAUCCGCCUGCCCUCCCUUCGACGUGCUCGGACCGGCUCCGGUGCCAUCGUCUUGA